AUGAUUAGCAUUUAUAUAGUGUUAGAAAUGCAAAAUCUAUAGUAAAAACUAAUAGUCCUUUUAAACCUUAUUUUUUAUCAGUUUGUUCUAGACAUUAAAAUAAAUAUGAGUAUGCUUUAUUAUUAUUUAUUUAUGAUUUAGAGGUAAAAAGAUAUAAAUAAAUGCAAUUCUAUACUAAUUAGCAAGAUUGUGAAUAUUGAUUUAAAAUAAGGAGAAUUAAAUAAAUCAAAAAUGAAAUAGAAAUUUAAAUUAAAUUCUAGCAGAUUAUCAACAAAAAGAAGUCAAAAUUUAUCUAUAGAUUUCGAAAAUAUUGUAAAUAUUUAUAAUCAUUAAAGAAACUUUAUGAUAGAAUAUAAUCAGCUAAGACUUCAUAUAAUAAAUAGUAAUAACUAAGGCAUAGUUUUGAAUAUGAAAGAUAUAGUAGAAAUAUUUCUUAAAAUGCUAGUAUUUAUUAUUUAUUAUUCAAAUUUAGGAAGGUAUUCAAAUGCUAAUAUUUCAAAAUAAACAUUAUCAAAGUCAUUUGAAUCAAAAUCAAGAAGGGUUAAAGAUAGAUCUUCUUCCAAUACUAAUUAAUAUCAAUAUUCAGAUUAAAGUAGUUGUCAUCCUGAUAAUUAAAUUAUUUAAUUUUAAUUUUGA